CCUACCCUGGGCUCUGUCCUGGGGCCAGAGAAGUGACCAAGACAACCCCAAGGCUUGCCAUCACACAGCGACAGCUGGGGUGGGAGCUGCCUGGGAGCUUGUGGGGAGCCGCAGAAGGGAAGACGUGUCUGAGCAAGAGUCUUGAAGGAUUUGCUGUGCAAAGAAGAGGAACGAUGGUCUAGACAGAGGGGACUAAGGCUUGGAGGCCAGAGAGACAAGUCACCACGCCCCACUCUGGCCGGAGCACGCCCAGCAGCUCCCCAUCUCUCCGUAAGCGGCUGCAGCUCUUGCCCCCAAGCCGGCCUCCACCUGAGCCGGAACCAGGCACCAUGGUGGAGAAGGGGUCAGAUAGCUCCUCGGAGAAGGGUGGGGUGCCCGGGACCCCCAGCACCCAGAGCCUGGGCAGCCGGAAUUUCAUCCGCAACAGCAAGAAGAUGCAGAGCUGGUACAGUAUGCUGAGCCCCACUUACAAGCAGCGUAAUGAGGACUUCCGGAAACUGUUCAGCAAACUCCCCGAAGCCGAACGCCUCAUCGUGGAUUACUCCUGUGCCCUGCAGCGGGAGAUCCUCCUUCAGGGCCGCCUCUAUCUCUCUGAGAACUGGAUCUGCUUCUACAGCAACAUCUUCCGCUGGGAGACGACGAUUUCCAUCCAGCUGAAGGAAGUGACGUGUCUGAAGAAGGAAAAGACGGCCAAGCUGAUCCCCAAUGCCAUCCAGAUCUGUACAGAGAGCGAGAAGCAUUUCUUCACGUCCUUUGGGGCCCGUGACCGCUGCUUCCUCCUCAUCUUCCGCCUCUGGCAGAACGCGCUGCUUGAAAAGACGCUGAGUCCCCGUGAGCUCUGGCACCUGGUGCACCAGUGCUACGGCUCGGAGCUGGGCCUCACCAGCGAGGACGAGGACUAUGUCUGCCCCUUGCAGCUGAAUGGUCUGGGGACCCCCAAGGAGGUGGGCGAUGUGAUUGCCCUGAGCGACAUCACCCCCUCGGGGGCAGCUGACCACAGCCAGGAGCCAAGCCCCGUGGGUUCUCGGCGUGGCCGCAUCACCCCCAACCUUUCCCGAGGCAGCAGUGACGCCGACCAUGGGGCAGAGGAGGACAAGGAGGAGCAGAUGGACAGCCAGCCAGAUGCUUCCUCCAGCCAGACGGUGACGCCAGUGGCCGAACCCCCCAGCGCAGAGCCCAUCCCGCCCGAUGGGCCCGCCUCCCUGGGCCCCUUGGACCUCCUGCCCAGUGAGGAGCUGUUGACGGACACGAGUAACUCCUCUUCGUCUACCGGGGAGGAAGCUGACCUGGCCGCCCUGCUUCCCGAUCUCUCCGGCCGUCUCCUCAUCAACUCUGUCUUCCACGUGGGCGCGGAGCGGCUCCAGCAGAUGCUCUUCUCGGACUCGCCCUUCCUCCAGAGCUUCCUGCAGCAGUGCAAGUUCACAGAUGUGACCUUGAGCCCCUGGAGCGGAGACAGCAAGUGCCACCAGCGUCGAGUGCUGACGUACACCAUUCCCAUCAACAACCCACUGGGCCCCAAGAGCGCCUCUGUGGUGGAGACACAGACGCUGUUCCGGCGCGGCCCGCAGGCUGGUGGGUGUGUGGUGGACUCCGAGGUGCUGACGCAGGGCAUCCCCUACCAGGACUAUUUCUACACUGCCCACCGCUACUGCAUCCUGGGCAUUGCUCGGAACAAGGCCCGGCUCCGAGUGUCCUCCGAGAUCCGUUACCGAAAGCAGCCGUGGAGCCUCGUGAAGUCGCUCAUUGAGAAGAACUCCUGGAGCGGCAUCGAGGAUUAUUUCCACCACCUGGAGCGAGAGCUCGCCAAGGCCGAGAAGCUGUCCCUGGAGGAAGGCGGGAAGGACGCCCGAGGGCUGCUGUCAGGCCUGCGGCGGCGGAAGCGGCCCCUGAGCUGGAGGGGUCACGGUGACGGGCCCCAGCACCCAGACCCUGACCCCUGUGCCCGGGCUGGCGUGCACACCUCAGGCUCCCUCGGCUCCCGCUUCUCUGAAUCGUCCUCGGACCAGGGCCCCGGGGCUGGCAUCCCCAGCGCCCUGGUGCUCAUUAGCAUUGUCCUCAUCGUCCUCAUCGCCCUCAACGUCCUCCUCUUCUACCGCCUCUGGUCCCUGGAGAGGACGGCCCACACCUUCGAGUCCUGGCACAGCCUGGCCCUGGCCAAGGGCAAGUUCCCCCAGACGGCCACGGAGUGGGCCGAGAUCCUGGCCCUGCAGAAGCAGUUCCACAGCGUCGAGGUGCACAAGUGGAGGCAGAUCCUGCGCGCUUCCGUGGAGCUCCUGGACGAGAUGAAGUUCUCCCUGGAGAAGCUGCACCAAGGCAUCACAGUCUCAGACCCUCCCUUCGAUGCCCAGCCCCGGCCGGAGGACAGCUUCUCCUGAGGACGCCUGGCCCUGCAGCCGACCUCUCAAAUGGACAAACACACACAGCCUUGGCGGCCACUGCUGGCACGGUGUGAGCGCCGGGCACCUCCCGCCCGCCCCUCCCGGCGGCCCGACCAGGGACCGUGCAGAUGUGGGGACCACAGAACUGAGAUGCACUUUAGACCAGGGAGCUGGCCUGGCCUCUGGCAGGCCCCCCACUAACUUAUUUUGCCUGGCUGGGGUUGUGGGGGGCGCCUCCUGGGGUGCACGAUUCCCUCAGCUCUGGGUUUAAUGUAUUAUAUUUAUUUGGGGUUGGCAGAGCCCCAAUAAAGGGUUGGAAAUG